UGGGCAGCCAGAUGACGUCGUCAGACAGCGGAGGACUGGGCAUCAUGCGAGUAUUUAAGGAGGCUCACAGACCUAGACGAGGUUACGCCCCCUAUGUGGAAACAGAAGGCGGGGCAGAUAAAAGAGGGCAAAACUGGAGACUACCCCAACAAGUGGAGCCUUGCAGUGAAAGCCCGCAAUGCAAAACAGAUGGACGACGGAAGAGCAAAGUAUAUUGGUUGCUACGUUGAUGCAACACAAAAGAGGGCCCUGAAAGGAGUUUCAUAUUUUGAUUACAAAAAAAUGACUGUAUUCCGUUGCCAGGACAACUGUGCAGAAAGAGGUUACAUGUACGCAGGUUUGGAGUUUGGAGCCGAGUGCUACUGCGGUCACAAGAUUCAGACGGCCAACGCUUCGGAGAGUGAAUGCAACAUGGAGUGUAAAGGAGAAAAGAGCAACAUGUGCGGAGGAGCCAACCGGCUAUCCAUCUACAGGCUGGAGCUGAGCCAGGAGUCGGCACGGCGAUACGGCAGCGCCAUUUUCAAGGGGUGUUUCCGCAGGCCAGACAACGUCACGAUGGCUCUCCCUUUUAGCAUUUUCAUCCAAAACAUGUCUGUUGACAAAUGUGUCGACACAUGCACGGAGGAGGAGAAAUCGCUGGCCGUCCUGGCCGGGGAUCGAUGCCGCUGCGGCUUCCCGACCCCCCUCUUCUCCCUUCACGAGCCGGAGGACGAGGCCAUGUGUCUCCACCGCUGCCUCGGCGAGGAGUUUGAGAGCUGCGGGAACGACGAGUACUUUGUGGCGUACCAAACGCAGGUUCAAGACAACCGUUGCAUGGACAGGCACUUCCUACCCACUCGUGCCAAUCAGCUGGUUGCCCUCGCCAGUUUCCCCGGAGCCGGUAACACCUGGGCUCGACACCUCAUAGAGCUCGCCACCGGCUUCUAUACAGGCAGCUAUUACUUUGACGGCUCCCUCUAUAAUAAAGGAUUUAAAGGCGAGCGAGACCACUGGCGGAGCGGAAGGACCAUCUGCAUAAAGACGCAUGAGAGUGGAAAAAAGGAGAUUGAAGCCUUUCACUCCAGCAUCCUGAUGAUCCGAAACCCCUACAAGGCUCUCAUGGCAGAAUUUAACCGCAAAUAUGGCGGCCACAUUGGAUUCGCCUCCCAGGCCCACUGGAAAGGGAAAGAGUGGCCCGAGUUUGUGAAGAACUACGCUCCUUGGUGGGCAUCCCACACGUUGGACUGGCUCCAUUAUGGGAAGAACGUCCAUGUGGUCCACUUUGAGGCCCUGAAGAGAGACUUGUUCUCCCAUCUCAAGGGAAUGGUUCAGUUUUUGGGCCCGAAGGUUUCCGAGGAGCGUUUGCUCUGCGUGGAGGGCCAGAAGGACGGCAACUUCAAGAGAUCAGGCCUUCGCAAACUCGAAUAUAACCCCUACACUCCUGAAAUGCAAACAAACAUCAACGAACUCAUAAGAACAGUCGACUGCUGCCUUAAAGAAGAGGAACAUGUCUGGUGUUCCAGAUGAAUACAUGCCAAGAUGAUAUACGUGAAACCCGCUUUUUUUUCUCUCUCAUUGAAAUGCAAUGAAUUAGACACUUUUAUUCUUGCUUUAUUUUCCCAACUCAUCCUGUGUGGAACCAGAUAAUGACAACUUAAGGAAUUGAGUUUCAAGAGCACUUGUUGUCCUCUUCUGUGCACGUGCUGUGUCGGCACGUGCGCACGCCUUGAGACAGCUGUGAGGGAGCGCACUGGCGUGUUUCAUACAAACUAUUUCAUACUCUUUGGUAUGUUGAGCUUAUUUUGUAAAAAAAAAAAAAAAAAACAAGAUUUAAAAUUUCCUGCUGCUCUUUUAGUUACAAAACAUUUUAGAUGAUGUUGUGUUGUUGGGGGGGUGGCUCCUUAUCAUAGGGAUAAAUGCAAUAUGCAGGCUACAACUACCUGACAAUGAUACUGUGUGAUUCCGUGUGAUUUUUUUUUUUUUUUUUUUUUUUGUAAGCUAGUGAACUUACUCUUUGCAAGAGGGAUUCUGUUUUUGAUGAUAAAGUUCUCAGUUCCUCGUACUGAAGAAGGCACUGAGUCAAAGAGAGACGAGGAUUCAUCUUGACAGCAUUUAUUUAUCUCUGGUGUGCAGCGCACACGUGACCAGUCUGCUUGUGAAUAUGUUCUCUCCACACUGGCCUCAACGCCGAAAACCCAAAAAGCGCUUGACGGUGCAACACUUGGCCCAAAGAUAUCGGAAGAAUCACACUCUGUAGGCUUAAGGUCAUAUGAUUUCGUUUUUGGUUUUUUUUGGGGGGGGGGGCUCAUUUUAUGACAGUUAAUCGCACUAGAUUAAACAUUUUUUUUAAUUACUUUUUUUGUGUGAUAAGGGCAAUGAAAUCGUUAAACUCAUGAAUAAAAAAAAAUAUGUAAAAAUACUCCACAGACUGCAAAAAUUCCGCUCUUGACAUCAGUACGUCUUAUAAGUGCUAUGCCACAUGCUUCGAACAAAACAAGCAUGUGUCAUGAAUUUAAAUAAAUAAAUACAAAUGCUGAGAGCCAGGAGACUAACUGACUUCCAUUUUCAGGAUGCUAUUAUACUUUAUAUCUAUAUUUUUGUAAUGAGUGCUGACACGUCCAAAUAUUUGUACUACAGCAAACAAAUGAUAGAAAUUGUGUCUAUUUUGAACAUGCUUUAAGCUUGAUUGGCUCUUGUUGUCAUUGACAAGCAGGCACUUGAACAAAGGUGUUGUAUUUGAAUGUAUUGCCAUGGAACGAAUGUACUGUGAUCAAGCCCAAUAAAUUAGUAAAUCUGA